AUGACAUUGUGGGCUUCAAGUUGGUGCUAUGUUCCAGUGGCCAUGGUGGCCGGAAAGUGGUGUUUUGGAGGUGGCGUAGAGGCAACAAUGAAGGUUCUGGCAACUGUAGUUCCUAAACCUUGCCAAAGAACACUGGAAUCUCUCACACACCUCUUGAAGCUCUCAGAAUGGUUUCAGAUUGAGGCGUGGGGUGGGGUGGGGGUGUUGAGAGAGGAUAUCCUCAGUUAUGCUGCACAAAAAGGAAUUUUUGUUGAAGGUUCAGCAUCCAAUGCUUCUUCUACCCAACAAUUUCUAGGAGGAAACGAGAAACACCAUGAUUUUUCAUUUGCUUAUGGAUGGCAAUAUGAAGAUAAGACCAUUCCUGUGAGGGGUUUCCAGCGUGCUAUGGUCAAGUCAAUGACAGAGGCUGCGAAAAUUCCACAUUUUCAUUAUGUAGAAGAUAUAAAUUGCGAUGCACUCGUUGAGCUCAAAUCAUCAUUCCAAAAUGAAAAUUCUGAUCCAGAUGUCAAGCAUACUUUCCUUCCCACAUUGAUAAAGUCACUAUCAAUGGCAUUGAGUAAAUAUCCCAUGCUAAAUAGUUGCUUCAAUGAGGAAUUUCAAGAGGUUAUUCUUAAAGGGUCCCAUAACAUUGGGAUUGCUGUGGCAACUGCAUAUGGUUUGGUUGUACCGAACAUAAAGAAGGUUCAAUCUCUUUCCAUCUUGGAGAUUACGAAAGAACUGUCUCGACUACAGCAAUUGGCUUUAGCUAACAAGCUUAAUCCUGAUGAUAUAUCCGGUGGAACUAUAACUUUAAGCAAUAUUGGUGCAAUUGGUGGAAAAUUCGGUUCCCCUCUUAUCAAUGUGCCUGAAGUUUCCAUCAUAGCUCUUGGACGAAUACAGAAAAUUCCUCAAUUUGCUGAAGACGGAAGUGUUUAUCCUGCGUCCAUUAUGACUGUGAAUAUCGGUGCUGAUCAUAGAGUUCUGGACGGAGCAACUGUUGCUCGGUUCUGCAAUGAAUGGAAGCUAUUCAUUGAAAAACCAGAGCUUUUUAUGUUGCAUAUGAAAUAACUGAUUCAGAUUUCACCAUUCAGCCAGUUGCAUUUUGGAGCUUAUAUAGAUGAUGCUGAAAUCUACAAACCAUCAUGUACCUCUUCUUGGCUUUUGAACAAAUGGUGUAAUGAAACACAUAUGGUUUAAAUUUUAUUUUAUAUUAUAUGAACACAUGUUAUAGACU